AUGCUUAAGUUUAAUCCAAACUUUUCAGUGAUAAAGGUAAAUUCACACACCGGGCCAAAGCCUUUGUCCUUGAUGGAGAAAGCCGACGCCCAAGAACCCACCAGUAACACCACAGCUAAGAGAGGUUCACAGCAGUUGAGCCAAGAGGACAUUGCCGCACUGACUACAGGAAUUGGAUCUCUCGUUGGCGCACUUCUGGGACAAGCAGCGGAUCAUUUCCAGAAAAAGACUCCUACUGAGGAAGUAAAGAAAACAGCUGAUGAGCCAAUGGUCGACGAUGUUGAGUAG